AUGGGCAGCGCAGAGAAUUUAGAUCCUAAGCCUGGCCCGUCGGAGAUCAUUGGUCUAGAUGACCCACGCAGCCCAGAAACCGAGUCGACUGAAACUACUCCCGCCAGGGAUUUAGGAGGAAGGGAGCCCGGCGCAUUCUCCGCUACGGUGCCCAUCCACGUACUUUGCGGCCCCCUUCUCAAUUACAGGCAUUUAGCCACCAGUCCGGAUCGCGCGCCAGUAUGGCAUGGAUCGGUGUUGAUUGUGGCGACGCCUUCUGCUAGGGUCCCAAGGCUGGAGCUACGCUUGAUCGGUCCCAUAAAAGACAAUGGAAAUGUGCCGGAAGGUGAUGGCGGCCAGAGCGCCAUUCCUCCGAUCGGUGUGGAUGGCACCAAGCUGUAUGCAGAUAGGCAGAAGGCGUUUUGGCGCUUUUCUAUCGAGGCGCCCUUGGAGCGUUUCGAGAUGAAGUGGGAAUAUUCGAUUCUGGACUUCGAGGAUCACCAUGACAGGUCUGAUACGACCAGUUGGAAUUUUGUGGUUCCGUCUAUUGAGCAGUCGAUGCGAAUCAUGUUUCAUUCCUGCAAUGGAUUCUCGGUUGGAACUGAUAUGAACCGCUGGCAAGGCCCGCUUCUGUGGCACGAUGUGCUUCGACUCCACGAAGAAAGACCGUUUCACGUCAUGAUUGGCGGUGGCGACCAGAUUUAUAACGAUUCGGUACGUGUCGAGGGCCCCCUGAGAGCCUGGACAGAUAUCGGCAACCCCACCAAGAGAAGAAAUCAUCGUUUUCCGAGCACAAUGAGAGAAGAAUGUGACAGCUUCUAUUUUAACAACUAUAUCAGAUGGUUUUGCACCGAGCCAUUUUCGCUGGCUAGUGCACAGAUUCCUCAGAUCAAUAUCUGGGAUGACCACGACAUUAUUGACGGUUUUGGCUCGUAUACAGACCAUUUCAUGAAAUGCCCAGUCUUUCGCGGGAUUGGGGGUGUUGCCUAUAAAUACUAUUGCUUAUUCCAACACCAUACCGCGCCGCCAAAGUCAACCUACACCACCGAUAGCCCUGCAACCAUGCAAGCGGUGUGUGGCACUUCUGGAGAGGACCCUGGGCAAUUACAGCUUACCUAUGUUCACACUGAAACUACCAAUGAUCCAAGUUGGAUAAUAGGCGCUAAGCCAGGCCCCUAUGUGGAAGAAUCAUCUCGAAGUAUUUGCACUCGCCUAGGCAAACGCAUUGCUUUCAUCGGAAUUGAUGGCCGCACUGAGCGUACUCGUCAUCAAGUCAAUUACCCAGAAACUUAUAAUCUCAUAUUUGAACGGCUUGAAACAGAGUUGAAAGGGAGCAAUGGCGAUAUCAAGCAUCUCAUUGUUUUACUUGGUGUUCCCAUUGCUUACCCGCGUCUUGCGUGGUUGGAGAACAUUCUUUCUUCCCCAAUAAUCGCUCCUAUUCGCUUCAUGAAUCGGCGGUUUGGACUUGCUGGCAGCCUUUUCAAUAAGUUUGAUGGACAAGUCGAUUUGCUAGAUGACCUAGAUGAUCAUUAUACUGCCCGCCAGCACAAAGAAGAACGAAGAAUCUUAGUCCAGCGACUUCAGGCUAUAGCCGAAAGGCAUUCUGUCCGAGUGACAUUCCUCGGAGGUGACGUGCAUCUUGCAGCCAUUGGUCGGUUUUAUUCGAGGCCGAAAAAGAAGAUCCCUUCCACUCAUGAUCCGAAAUAUAUGGUCAAUGUCAUUAGCAGCGCCAUCACCAAUAAACCUCCACCAAAAGCUGUGGCGAACCUACUGGCCCACAGAAAUAAGAUCCAUCAUCUUGAUAAACAUACUGAUGAAACACUAAUGGACAUCUUCGAUUACCAGCCAGGACCAGAGGGAAAAGUUACCGAUAACAAAGUAACUAUGCCGUCCCGCAACUACGCCUGCAUCACCGAGGUUGUCCAUCCUGCAUCGGGCCCAAACACCUCGAAAACUGAGGAGUUUGCAGAAUUCCAAUUGCCAAAGAACGGCCACUUCCCCCUUCAUGCCGGUGAAGUAGGCGCCGGUGUAAGACAUGCGGCAGCGGAUGGGGUCACUGCAUUGGCUGGUGUGCAGGGUAGUUUGGACGUGUCGAUUCGCGUUGAAAUUGAUCCGGUGGAUGUUACGGGCGCAGCUCGAGGGUAUGGAUUCUACAUUCCACCUCUGGCAAAGUCCCAAGCCGCAAAAUAA